GUCAAGUCAGGCUCGAACUUACCUUUCUUAAUUGAACCAAGCUUCAGCAGAAAAAACUAUGCCAUUUUUAUGGCCGGUCGAUCCUAAAUUUAAAAAAUUGAUCUAAAUAACUCAGCCUACAAAGGCCUUUAGUUGUAGCUAAAGAAUUCGGGUCACGAGAUAUGGUAAAGUCGACCCGGUCUACACAUCUCAUCAUUCGCGCGUUAUACCGUGAGAUCUGCGCGCGGGGCUGUGGCGUCUGUUAAGUAGUCAGGUUGAUUUCAUUGUUGAUGAAUUUCAUGAAAUUUGUUUAGAGGCAAUGUUGCCAUAUAGGUUUUCUUUCUUUGGAGAUGAGGGAUAUAGUAAGGUUGGUACCGAGGAUGGAGAUAUAAGUCAAUUGAACCCAACACUAAAACUGCAAACAGAUCGAGAUGUUUAUAGACCUGGAGAUUCUAUCUAUGUCACAAUUGAGAUCUGCAAUCCCCUAAUUGGUGACAAGACUAGUAGUACUGUGCCUUCACUUUGGGUUGAAAAGCUUGGCUUCGAAAUUAAAGGGAUUGAGAAAUUGGAUACCCAAUGGUUUGCCAUCCAAAAACCAUCGACCGGAAUGAAACAUGGGAGAGGUGAACAUGUUUUUUUGGAUUCUUCAACACCAUCAAUGGUUUCAAAUCAGAUUGUGACUUCUGGCUCUUCAAAAAAUUAUGUGGUACGAGCUAUGCUUCCUAGCGUUAUACCACCAUCUUACAAGGGUACUACCAUUCGUUAUUUAUAUUAUAUAAAGAGUACCAUGUCUGUUCCAUGGCUGCUAUUGGAAAAUGGUCACUCCAGCAAGGAGUCCGUAAAAGAUCUUACCAAAGUGGAGGCUCGUGUUCCUUUUCAAGUAUGGGUAACUGAGAAGGGAAAUGGUUUGGUAAUGGAAGAUGGUCAAAGUGAUGAUAUUGUUCCUUCCACUACCAUCCAAACAGAUAUGUAUUGGAAAGAGAUAGAUGGAGACUCGGAAUGGGCUAGGGUGAGUGACACGAAUGAUGGUGUCGAGGAAGGGUAUGAGAGCUCAAGAGAUGAAAUAUCAUCUGUUUCAUCAUAUAACCCUUUGAAGGAAAAUUUGUUUAAAAGCUUUAGAAGUUCCUUAUCCUUUGAAUCAACAACAGCCAGGUCUUCAAAUAGAGAUGGUUCAUAUCAUGAUAUUGACUAUUCGAGUUUGCCUUCAAAUGUCAGACUUCAUCGAUUAUCAGUGGCUGAGGUCAUGCAUGAUUCUAACACUGACAAAUCAUUGGCUGUUUUAUCUCCAAGUCAGCAGCAGGCUCCUGCAAGAACUCUAUAUCCGGAUGUAACGGGAGUAUCUUCUGCACCUACUGAAUCUGUAGCCUCAGAGGGCUUUAUUCGAGGAAGGUCUUAUAAUAUCAGGAUGGAUGAACAUGUUUUGCUAAGAUUUUCCCCCAAAAAUUCUGAGUCCACAUAUUACUUUAGUGAUAUGAUAGGUGGUACUCUUAUUUUCUUUCAUGAAGAAGGAGCUAGAAGAUGCCUUGAGGUUUCAGUGACAUUGGAAACUUCUGAAACCAUAAAUCGGCGUUUUGUUCAUCCUUCUAGAAGGAAUUCCCCAACAAUUACAAAGGUUCAGAGUGAUCAUCAUGAGGUUGUUGCUGAUUUAGUACAGACAAGUUUUCUUUUCUCUAUUCCAAUGGAUGGCCCCAUGUCCUUUUCCACUCAUCACAUCUCGGUGGAAUGGGCUCUAAGAUUUGAAUUUUUCACUACUCCAAAGAACUUAGACUGGACAAGAUACGAGCAUCCUCUUUUAGUAGAAGGUAGAGACAAAAGUGAGUGGGUUCUUCCUAUAACUGUGCAUGCGCCUCCAUCUGGAACUUCAUCCACCCUCACACGUACUGAGAAGCCUUUCUCUUUAGAGCCCUUAUGGGUUCAUAGUUGAAGGUAAGUUGUUUCGACUUUUCCAAUAAACUGAAUUACUUUAUCAAUAAUCUUUGUUGAAACCACAAAAUAAUGAGGGCAUGGCUCAAUUACGUAUUUUACUAGCAUUGUCGGAUUCAAAGACAGAUACAGCUUAACUGAGUUGUGUUCAACUCCAUUACCAUUGCAAUGGCAAGAUUCUUUUUAUUUAAUGCCAAGCAGAGUCAGUUUGAUUUAAUAGACCGUUUUUUCCAGGAGUCCUAAAUUCAGUUUCUCAUUUUCUUUUUGUUAAUGUCUCGGCAUUUGUAACAUAAAAUUUUUUAUAUUCAACUUUUGUCAGCUGAAAAUACAUUAUUUUGGAGUGGCUAGAAAUCAAUGGUAUGCUUCUGUCAAUUGUCAAACAUAUUUUCCAUUUGCCACUGGCCAACGUUAUUAUCGGCUCGCAUAUAUUAACACAUUCUUCAUUCGAACGUUCCCGGAGAAUAGCAGUUCUAAACAUGAUAUGUUGAAACACAAUUAACAUGUUUUGUGUUUGCUUUUAGGAUUUUGAUGUCUUAAAUAGUUUUUGUUAUAUUUUUGUUUAUAUGAUUGAUAAAAGAUUAUGAACAUAAUACAUAUAUGUGAAUUGCGUAGGUUGCUGAGAGUCAAGAA